AUGAGACCUACUCAAAUCCUUCGCAGCGGCGGCGGUGAUGCCCCUCUUGGCAUGUACAACAAGUACAUCGGUGGCUGGGGACAACUUGGCACCGCGGCUCAGGCCCAGAAGGGCAUUGUUACUUACGGCCUCGCUCCCAACCGACAGAACCCCUUCGCCGGCGCAGCCCACGCAGCUAUCUUCAACACGUGGCGACGAGCCAGCGCUCAGAUCCUCUACGUCGUCCCUCCAUUCGUCGCCGCUUACUACAUCAUGAAUUGGGCUGUUGAGAGGAACCACUACCUGAACUCCAAGGCUGGUAUUGCUGAGUUCAGUGACAGCGAGGAGUAA